UGCUGCUUUGACAUGCUUUGUUUACGUCGCGAAGUUUAAGGCUGACAUGGUCCGCGAGGAGCUGGCGGUCCGUCUCAACGACAGGGAGUAUAAAAACUGGCUGAAAGCCGGACGGUGUCUGCUCAUACUGAAGGAGGGUCUGCACCCCUUCGUCAGCCACCACACGAGAGCUUUCCACGCAGAUCUGCUCAAUCAAAGCCCGCUGCUGCGGAAACCGUGCGAGACGUCUUGGUGCAAACCGAAAAGGAAUCAGCUUUCCUCGGCAUGCAGGGCGUGUGCAGGGUGGCAGACGGUGAUCCUGAGACACCGCAGGCAGCCAGAUGCCACGGUGAACUGGGACAACUGUUUCCCUCCCAGCUGGAGGACAGACCACUGGGAACUGGCCAAGGCCUUCAUGCCGCGGGGUCAGGGGAAAGUGAAGGUGGCAGAGCAAUGCGAUGCCUCUGCUCUGCUCAACCUAAUCAACCACUGUGAUUGUUUCCACUUUGUGGAUCCAAAAUGUGUGAGAGAGGUGAUCCGUUUCAGGAACGAGUUGAUGCAUUCCUGUGAGUUGCGUGUGAAGGAUGAAUGGAUGAGACACUACCAGACCAGUGUGAGAAAGCUUGUGCGGCACCUCGACCAGGUACCACAGAUGGCAACAGCUGGAAAGCAGAUCGAGGAGAUGCUGAGCCUUGAUCUGUCAAUAUGUGUCUCUGGCUUGGACCGAAUGGAUUCCGCUGCCCUGGAUGGAUUGGAGAGCGAUUCUGUCUGCCAAUGGGAGACCAGCGCCGGCUUGAUCAGCCAAUGGGAGGCUGAGUUGCUACAAGAGAGGCUGCAGGAGUUACUGCACCCCGCUGACGAUGAUGCAAAGACACAGGACACGGAGCAGCUGAAGAGGCUGGGCGGUUUCCUGCAGGCCAACAGAGAUCUGAGCGAGAGGUUUUCUGCAGAGCUCAAAGCCAUCAACGCACUGGAGGCCAGAGAAUAAGACGAAGGAAAAAUGAGGAGCAUGUUGUGCAUUAUGUCUUUGUAUUUACUUCCUGAAAUAGGUUGAUGUCAAACUUGAAGCAGAUCAAGGGAUUUGUGACAGAAUGUAUGUGCAUGUAAAGGAUGUCAUUGAAAAGGUAAAUAAAUAAAAAAACAACAGAAAA